AUGUAAUACCUUGGUAACCAAUAUAACAAAUUUUCUGAAAAAGCAGCAUACAAAAGUUUGAAAAACCUGUCUCAACAUGAAAUUAUAUGUAGUUUUUCUUCUAUUAAUUGCAUUUGCUAUGAUAAAUGCUGAUAGAAAUGAAGGUAGACCAAGACAUCGAAGGGCUUGUGGACCACAUGCAAGGUUCACUCUUUGUGGUGACGGCAAUUGUUCGAAGACUUGCAAUACUCACGGGCGUCCAGGACUUCUAAGGCAGCCAUGCCACAGAAUGUGUGUAGUUGGAUGCGUUUGUAACAAAGGUUAUUGCUUCGACUUGAGAAAAAGACGAUGUGUUACUAUAGGAGUCAGAUAAUAACUGAAACAUGAAAUUUGAACUAUAUUGAUUUGGUGUUGUAAAAUAAUAUCAAUAAACAUUUUGAUAAAAAU